UAUAGUAAAAAGUAAAAUAAUACAAUGAAAUGGUAGCAAGCUCUUCUUUUCAUCCUCCCUCACUGCUUUGUGCUUCCUCUCCCUCUCCCUGCCCCCUUGCUGGCAUAGGAAAUGUUUCAUACCAUAGACCUUAAUGACUACUUUUUCCUAUUGGCAGUGCAAUUUUUGACCUAAAACUUUUUCUACAUGCUUGCCAGGCUCUCCAGUCCUGAAAAAUACCACUCACUCCUGGAUGCACUUUGCAUCAGCCCUGUUUCCAAGCCUUUAGCUCUUUCCUAUCUCCAGUCUUCCAGAAAACCAACUGGCUCUAUCCGUGUUCAGAAAACAAGUAACAUUCAGGAGCCUUCCCAGCAAUUGAUUUCUUCAGGAGCUUCACCUCGGAGCAUGCCUGAGAGCUUGGAGAGCCCAGGCUCUGGCAGACCAGGAGUGGCCAGCCUUACAACUGCUACUGCUUUCAAGCCUGUAGGAUCCACCAGUGUUAUCAAGUCACCAAGCUGGCAACGGCCGAAUCAAGCAGCACCUUUUACUGGAAAAAUCUCAAACAAUGCAACUUCCUCAGGAGCAGGGGCACCAGCCAACUCUGCUGCGAGGCAGCCCCAGCCAAGUGACCAGGAUACGUUAGUGCAAAGGGCUGAGCACAUUCCAGCAGGAAAGCGAACUCCAAUGUGUGCCCACUGUAACCAGGUCAUAAGGGGACCUUUCCUAGUGGCACUAGGGAAAUCUUGGCACCCAGAAGAAUUUAACUGUGCUCACUGCAAAAAUACCAUGGCCUACAUUGGAUUUGUAGAGGAGAAAGGAGCGCUGUAUUGUGAGCUGUGCUAUGAGAAAUUCUUUGCCCCUGAAUGUGGUAGAUGCCAAAGGAAGAUCCUUGGAGAAGUCAUCAAUGCUUUGAAACAAACUUGGCAUGUUUCCUGCUUUGUGUGUGUGGCCUGUGGGAAACCCAUUCGUAAUAAUGUUUUUCACCUGGAGGAUGGUGAGCCCUACUGUGAGACUGAUUAUUAUGCUCUUUUUGGUACAAUUUGCCGUGGAUGUGAAUUUCCCAUAGAAGCUGGCGACAUGUUCCUGGAAGCACUGGGCUAUACCUGGCAUGACACUUGCUUUGUAUGCUCAGUGUGUUGUGAAAGUUUGGAAGGUCAGACAUUUUUCUCCAAGAAGGACAAGCCUCUUUGCAAGAAACAUGCUCACUCUGUGAAUUUUUGAAAGUUGAGGAGAAAAGAAGAAAUUUGAAGAAAAAAGAAUUAAAAUUAUCAGUUAAUUUUUAGAUUUAAUAUUUACAUAAGGUUUUGAAAAAUAAUAGUGGCCCUGAAGGGAUAAAUUCCAGCAUUAAAAACUAAGUCUUAUGAGGAACUAUUUGGCUUCAUAAAGUAAAGAGACAUUUUGACAUUUACUACUACUUUUUCCAGUAUUUUCUGACUAUAAACAAACCUUUAUAAAAAUCAGUUUCCUGGUUGACUAUUAAAUUCAUCUUACGAUAAAUUAGCAAAGAAUUAAAUUUUAGAAUAAAAACUCCAGCCGCUAUGCUGAAAUAAUUAUACUUUCUUUCCUUGUUAGGUAGCUAUAACAAAAUCUACAAAAGGCAGUGAAAAUGCCUUAUGCUUUAUUAAUUAGAGAAUCACUGUUUUGCUUUUUUUUUUAAAGAACAACUGUUUAUCUUUAGUAAAUAGGAGUUUAAACAGAAAUUUACCAGUAGAAAGUAUCAAUUUUAUUAAAAAAGUGAACAUUAUUUUGAUCUUACAGUUGAUCCUUUCAUUGGGAAAGGCCAAAGAGAUUUUUGAUCAAAAUGUAUCAUUCAAAUAAGCUGCUAUAUAGCUUAUAAAUCUCAAAAUUUUGUCUUUUGUUAAAAUAGGACUAUUUUCUAUCCACUGUGUAUGCUUCAUCGCCUACAUUAGUUAAAUUCCAAUUUUUCCCUUUCCUUAUACUGAGAUAAAGAGCUAAUGAAAUAACUUUGGGCUUUAGUUUUCUCUCUUUUAAAGAGAAAAACAGAAAAUAACAUAAUUAAAAAUAAUGGUAAAUGAGAAGGAGUGUUGUACCUAAAAAGCAAAAGAACUCCUUCCCACUUUUCAGAUCAGGAACUGAUUACAUCAUUUUUACAGCUGUUCCACUGUUGAAGACUUGAGAGCUGUCUUUGCUGAGUAAUUUUUUUUUAAUUCUACAUUAAAACUGAUUUGGGGAUUGAGAUAAAGUUCAGUUAGUGAGUGUUGCGUGUGUGUGUGUGUGUGUGUGUGUGUGUGUGUGUGUGGUUUUGGUUGUAGUUUUCUUUCAGUAAUAAGUGAACCACUUCCAAAUGUGACCAUGGAAUUUGGAAAUACUUUGUUCACAGAGGUUUGGUAGUACAGGAGAGAAACAUGGUAAACCACUCAGAUUGGGCUGUCACUUGUUUUCCUCAUUUGGGAAGAAUUAUAUGGCUACCCCAUGGAGAUACAGAAGCAGUUAAUUAACUGGGUAUCUUGUUGAUGUUUGCCCAGGGAGAAAACAAGUUACGGCAUUUAACAGUUUUCUCUUUGUUUCAAAAAUGGAUGAAAAUAUAUGAUCCCACUGAGUUAUAAUUUAAAUCUGUUUGGGGCAAAGUGCUUGUAAAGUCCAGACAGAGUGCCCGAGUCCUUCCUGCCCCAUCACUCACUAAGGACUCCACUUCCAUUGUGUGCAUGUUUGUUAAAGAGGAGGUUUUAGGCUACAAUAUUUGUUUAACCUCCCUAAGAACUCUCAAGGCUUCUGUCCUGAAAGCUGUUAAUUUAUGGUCUAGCAGAUUUAUAUGCAGAUAAUAAUUAACUGGGAAUAAAAGAAUAGGAAGGGGUGACACAAAGUGGUAAGCUAAAUGUUUCUCCAAUAGCAACCCCACAAUACCUCCUCACCCUGCGUGUUGUAGGGAGGCAGGAAGAUUAUUUGGAAAUCAGGUGCUGAAACUGAAUUGUGCAUUAGAUCUCAUUGCUGCUGAAACCACCUGCAGGUGCCUUGCUGGCUUGCCAUCACCAUUGUCACCUGCUUUUAGUCAGUCUUGGGCUUAUGCAAUGCAAAAUAAAUUGGUGGUUUUGUUUUCAUGUGAGUUUAGCUUUGCCUUUAUAGAUUAUAUGCCAGGAUAGUAUUUGAUAAGUCAUUGGCAUUUGGGUAUUUUCUUCAAGGAAUUUUAUUUGACCUGAAUCUCUUAUAGAGUUAUCUUUUUUAAGGAUAUCAUUUUUAUUAGAACUUUCAUUCUACAUAUUAUUCAUGGAGCAUAAUGUUGCAUUUCUCCCUAUUUUAAUCCCUAAAAAAGAGUAGUAUAGCUUCCUAAUUUAUCAUUUUUGUCUUUGUACUUUUCAGCCUCUUGUGUGGCAAAGAUUUGUAUCUGUGUGUUCCUAAAACAGUUAAUCCUGUGAAAUAUAUACUGACCAUAAUCCAGAAGAAUCUCUGUAUUUUCCAGUGAGGAUUGCCAUGUUUAAUUCACCAGCAUUAAUCUUUUAAUAACUGACAGAGCACUUUAUUCUUCUGGUGAGCUCUCUGAGUAUUUAUUUUUGUGAUUAUAAAUAUUCUGUCUCAGUAGCAUUUUUUAUUACUGCUUUUUCACUGUAGAGCAUUACUUUUACUCUGUGUAGAUGUAUAUUUUGGAAUGUUGUAUUUGAGAAAACAGAUGAAAAUCAUAGUAUGUGACUUUUUAAAAAAACCCUAACUGCAUUUUCCAGUUCGAAAAUUGUAGUGAUGGAUUCAGAUUUAUUUCUCUAGACUUACAUGAACUGAAUGUUGCCUGCUGAAGUAGUAAUCUAAAAAUUAUCCCCUUUGCUUAUGUUUAUGACAACAUACAUAUUUCAUAUUGAUUAAGGUUAUAUUUGGUCACAGUGUUAAAACAAAUAGACAAUUUUUAAACCUUCAAAAUAUUAAUGUAGCAUUAUGUUUAAAAUUAUCCACAACAAAAAAUGUACCUUUUUUUUUAAAGGAAUACUAUGUUUGGCGCACUCUCGUAGAAAAUAAUUCCUUUCUCUUGCCCAAGUGUGGAUCUGGUGUUAAAUUAACAUGUCUGUGGUACUAGAGUUUAGUCAUCCCCAUUGAAGAGAAGGAAAAACAUACUGAGUAGUGUUACACAAAGAUAACCUAGUUUCAGUUUGUCCCCUCAUCCCCAAACAGCUAAAGGUAUUGGAUUUAGAUUCUUAAAUGUGUAAUUUGCCAUGUCUAUUAAUCUCUGUCUUCUGGUUCUUUAUGUUUUUAAGUUUGUACAUACCUACAAUUUUGCUUUUGGAUAUAUUUUCUAAUUAAAAAAUCACAUGAGAAAUAUAAUCAGUAUAGUAAUGCUUCAUUGUGCACAUAUUCAAUAAAUACAUGACUACGAUGAUGUAGACAAGCUCUCCUGUUUUUUCUUUUGGGGUGGUGAGUGGUUUCCAUUAAAUUAUCAUGGAGAAAAAAAGUCAUGUUCAUAUUCACAGAAUAGGACAAUCUUUAUGAUCUUUAUCCAUCAAAAUAUUUCAGAAACAGAACAUUUGAAAAUACUGUCAC